AUGACAGAAAAACUAAAGACAAUACCAGAAGGAAUAAGUCCUUCAUCAAGUCGCUAUUUGAAUACAAGCGACUAAUUUUCUCCUUUAUUUGAUCGCUAAGUAAUAAGAGAUAGUCAAAUUCUUGGUGAGAGAAUUAUGGAUGCAAAUAUUCCCCAAUUCUGUUAGAAUUAAUCACCUAUACAUGCUUAAUCUUAUAGCUAUUCUCAAUAUCAAUAAUAAUUGACAUUGCAAGAUUUAAAAUAAAGCAGAGUCCAUCAAAAUGUCCAAAACAAUUUAUUUUAGGCUAAAAAUUUUGAAAAUAAUUAAUAUGAGAAAGAAAAUGAGAUUUUGAAGCAAAAAAUAAAUGAAAUCAAAGAAAUAUAGCAAAGGAAACGUACCUGCAGCACUAUUUAGGAAUAGAAACAGAAUGAAAACAUAUUAGAUUAAUACAAGCAGCUAGCAGUUAAUUACAACAAUGCUCAAAAUAAGAUACUUGAAUUGGAAAAAUCCGGCAAGACCAAAUCAGAAACUUUAAAUAAAUAGAAGGAAUAGAUCACAAUGAUGAGCAGAGUUCUUUAGAGCAACAUGGAAAAUCUAGGGCUAGAAAAAUUUAUUUAAGAAGUAAAUUAAGAAUCUAAAGUAAACAAUGUUGAGUUAUUUACUGAAUUUGCUAAUAUCAAGAUUUUAGUUGACAGUUAGAAGGUAGAAAAUCAAGAGUUAGAACUAAGAAUGGAAUAAUAGGUUGGGCUAAUAAAUUAGAUGAGAGAUGAAAUUGCUCAUCUUAAAAUAUAGAACUAGGAGAGUGUUGAGUUUUCUGAAAAAUUAAACACUGAGCUAAAAACAGCAGUUGAUGCCUUGCAUUUGGUUCAAGAGGAGAAUGCUAAGAUUUCUUAAGACAAAGAAGCUUUAUUAGAAUAUUUGGAAGAGCUUAAAAGCACCUAUGAAAAUGUUGCUAGAGACAAAGAAGACCUUUAGAACACAGUUUAGAAGCUUGAAGAUAAAAUAAGUCAAUUCAAAGAUAGUAAUUAGAAAGAUAUUGAGUUGCUAAAGUAAACUAUCAAAGAUUAAUAGUAAAGCAUAUAAGAUUUAGAAAGGGAGAAAAAGACUAAAGAAUUGCAGGAUAAGCACUAGACUUAACUUUUUAACAAUGAAAUAGAUACUUUAAAAAGAGAGAAAGAAAGAAUUCAAACAGAACUUAAUACCUUAUCUGGUGAAAAGAAAUAAUUAUAGCAAAAUCAUGAUUAGUUAUAAUAAAAGCUAGAUAAAGAGAAAAAGAGUUCAGAGAGUCUUAUUGAAAAGCUAUAAACUAGAGAACAAAACCUUCUUACUUCUGUUAAGAAUUUAGAAGAAGUGAUUCUCAAGCUCAAUAAAGAGAAAGACAUAAAUGCUUAGAUCAUAGGUAAGAUUAAAGAUUUUGUAAGUAACAAAGAAGUGAUUGCCUUGAUUGAAGAAAUAGCAAAUAUUUGCAGUGAGUAGAUUUCGAUUGAGAGAGAGAAAAAUAGUAUUAAUGUGCAAAUAUUUUCAAUAGAAAGUAAGAUGGGAAAUAAAAGUUCGGCAUAAUCUGUUGAUCCUGAAACUCAGAAGAGCAACAGAAGAAAAUUGGAGGAGCUAAGAGACGCUCGCAAUUAAUAUGAAAACAAUCAAUAGAUUUUGUAAUGUAAACAUAAAGCUUUAGAGAAUGAAUUAGCAUAAUUGCUUGAACUGGAAAGAAACAAAAACAUGCGUAUUUAAUAACUAGAAAAGAUUAACAACCAUCUUAAAAACGAUUUAAGUGUGAUAAAAAACGAAAUUGACAUGAAAGAAAUUUCUCGUAAAAAUAUUGAGAGUGCCUAUAAUAUUUUAUUAACUGACUACAAGAGAUUAACUUAAGAGCAAAAAGCUCCUGGAAGGGUAAAAGAUUAUCUUGCCUAAUCUAACAAUGGUUCAAUGUCAACAACUAUGCUCACCAGAAGAAAUAAUUACUAAAGUAAUUUGAAUGGCACUUGUUCACCUUCAGAGAGUUUUAGAAAAAAUAACUCAGUCCAAAUUCCCUAUAAUAUCUAUGAGAAUUUAGACGAUCAUUCAAUGAUUUUAAAUCAAUCUCAACAACAAGGAUUUGGGAGUAGAGGAAGUGCUAAAAGCAGUAUGAUCGGAAAUAUGAACUACAAUAGUUAUAAUCCUUCAAAUAGUACAACAAAUUUAGCUAAUAAUAUAAAAAAUAAUGAUUACUGA